CCCUUCAAGUGUCACUUAUUAUUUUGACUUCUAUAUAAAGUUGGGACUUAACGCAGACUGUCGAGGAAUUACAACAUGACGGCAGAUAAGGAGAAGAAGAGGAGCAGUUCGGAGCGGCGUAAGGAGAAGUCUCGGGAUGCAGCUCGCUGCCGGCGCAGCAAAGAGACGGAGGUUUUCUACGAGCUGGCUCACCAGCUGCCUCUACCCCACAGCGUCAGCUCUCACCUGGACAAGGCCUCCAUCAUGAGGCUGGCUAUCAGCUUCCUGCGCACACGCAAGGUCAUCGCCACAGGCAGCAGCAGCAGCAGCAGCAGCAGUGGCGAAGGCGACGAUGACGAUGACGGACAGAUGGACAGUCUGUACCUGAAGUCUCUGGAGGGCUUCAUCACCAUGGUGACAUCCGACGGCGACAUGAUAUUCCUGUCCGAGAACAUCAGCAAAUUCAUGGGGCUCACGCAGGUGGACCUCACUGGUCACAGCAUCUUUGACUUCACCCACCCAUGUGACCACGAGGAGAUCCGAGAAAACCUCAGCCUGAAGGCAUCUGGCAGCGGCUUCGGUAAAAAAGGCAAAGACCUGAAUACUGAGCGAGAUUUCUUCAUGAGGAUGAAGUGCACGGUGACCAACAGAGGACGCACCGUCAACCUCAAAUCAGCCAGCUGGAAGGUGCUGCAUUGCACCGGACACCUGAAGAUGUACAACAGCUGCUCUCCACGCGUGCUGUGCGGCUUCACAGAGCCCCCGCUCACCUGCGCUGUCCUGAUGUGCGAACCCAUAGCACACCCGUCCAACAUCGACACGCCGCUGGACAGCAGGACCUUCCUGAGCAGACACAGCAUGGACAUGAAGUUCACCUACUGUGACGAGAGGGUGACAGAGUUGAUGGGCUACACUCCUGAGGAUCUGCUGGGUCGUUCAGUUUACGACUUUUACCACGCACUGGACUCAGACGGCGUCACCAAGAGUCACCACAACUUGUGUUCCAAAGGCCAGGCAUCGAGCGGUCAGUAUCGCAUGCUGGCUAAGGACGGAGGCUACGUCUGGGUAGAAACCCAGGGAACUGUUAUCUAUAACAGCCGCAACUCCCAGCCUCAGUGCAUCGUGUGCAUAAACUAUGUCCUCAGUGACAUCGAGGAGAAGUCGAUGAUCCUCUCCCUGAAGCAGACAGAGUCAAUGUUCAAGCCUCACCACAUGAGCAGCUUCUUCUCUGCUGGAGGUGCAGGCGUGUCCGGAGAGCCGGGAGAAGCCCUGUUCACCAAACUCAAAGAGGAACCGGAGGAGCUCACCCAGCUGGCCCCGACACCAGGAGACACAAUCAUCACCCUGGACUUCGAUCGCCCUCAGUUCGAGGAGCCCCAGCCGCCUGCAGGAUACCCCCAGGUAUCUGCCGCAGCCAUGCCCCCUCCGGGACCUACUUCCUGGGCCAGCGAGAGCCACAAGCCUGCCUUACCGCCAUCCAUUCCAAGGGACAUGGCUAACAUGGCCGCUGCAUUCACUGUGCAGCAGAAUCCGCCGCCGGGCAGCGCCACCCCGAGCCUCAGCAGCUGCUCCACGCCAAGCAGCCCAGGUGAUUACUACAGCCCAGUGGAGAGCGACCUGAAGGUGGAGCUGACUGAGAAGCUGUUUUCUCUGGACACAGAGGGCAACAGUCCUGCAAACACUGAGAGCGACUUGAGUGACUUGGACCUUGAGACUUUGGCUCCUUACAUCCCGAUGGAUGGCGAGGACUUCCAGCUGCAUCCCAUUCUCCCAGAGUCCGAGUCCCAUGAGGGGGGUCCAGCAGGAUCCAUUGGGAGCAACUGCAGCCUGACCAAAUCACAGCAGCCCACCCAGAGAAGUUUCAGUAACAUCGCCAGCCUCUUCCAGCCGCUGUCCUCCCCUCCUCAGCCCCAAGGCCACUACCAGCACCAGGCAGCUGCGUCCUGGGCCGCAGGGGAGAAGAGAGCCUCCAGCCAGGAGGGCGUGGACUCCCGUGCUGGGUCUUGCAUAAUGAAGCACAUGCAGAGUCCCCCAUUCCAGACUCCAGCCAGGACCCCUCUGUCCACCAUGGGUGCCAGGCAGGACCUGCAGUGGCCCCCAGACCCUCUGAUAACAUACCAACAACAACAGGCCGCCAAGGCGUACCUGAUGGAGCCUCUGUGUGGGGAGGAGCGCCCUUCCUGCCAACAGAACAUGCCACGCCUCAUGCAGAAGCAGAGGUCCAUGGACAACUUUGUGCAAGCAUACAGAGACAUGAGUCCAGCCAGAGUGGCCAUGGCCAACAGUAUCAAGCGCUCCUUCACUCAGAUGGCUGUGGGUGAAAGUACAUCUUCAGAAAACAUCUGGAAGAAGAUGAGAGGCGACAGUUGUGCCGCCAUGGAUCGCUCACUCAGCGCAGGAUCACUGGCAGCGUCAGAGAUGGGGAGGAUGAUGCCAGGAAGCAUGUCUUCAUGUUUCAGCUCUCCUCAGCAACACAGGAAGUGUCAGUAUCCAGUAAACGGGAAACUCUUCCCCCAAAAGAGCUGCAGCUUCACGUAUAACAUGCAGCCGUCUAACAAGACCGAAGGUAUCGCUAGCCGUUUGCUGGGUUCUUCGUUUGAGUCCUCCUGUCUGCCGGAGUUGACCCGCUACGACUGCGAGGUCAACGUCCCUCUGCAGGGCAGCCUGUACCUCCUCCAGGGCUGCGACCUGCUGAGAGCCCUGGACCAGUCCACCUAGAGCCCCGGAUUCAGAAUCUGCCUUAGACCUGGACUUAUUCCAAACCCUAAGCCUCAGUCUGCAGCCCGAGACUUAAGCCUUUCUUUACCUUCAUACCUCUGGGCCUUCUGAGAGUCCCGAGGCUAAGCUACCUAUAGGGAAUGGUAUUCAUAACCACAUCCUGCCUUAUUUAGCUUAUCUGGCUCAGCCCACACUAUUGUUCCCUGACCCUUUAUAGUUCUGUACCUAGACCAUCUAAACAAGCUGAGAUAUCAGGGUCAAGGUCUUUUUCUUGGGGCCCUUGACUCAAAUCAGAUACAGGUUGAACACCAGUGUGCAAAAGUUGCCCUGCUUUGAGCCAACCCCAUAGGACGCCCACACAUGAAAACUAACACGGGUCACUUGGUGAAAAAAAAAAAGGUAAACGCGGGACAAUUAACAGAGUGAAAAAUAAUGCAACACUCUGUGUUCAGAAACACCGGCUGAACUCGGCUCUUUGGUGUAAAAACAGUAUUUGUGGCAUGGGAUUUCAAACCUACGACCGGCCCGGUCUCCGUCACUGACCCACACCCUGAUAUGAACUAUGCAGCUCAGUUCCCAGACCUACCUUCUCUUUAGCAGCUAGCUCACUAGCUCAAAAAAGAGAAGUACCAUACUGCCUAAACUACACUGUGUUCUUUCCCUUUGAAUAUUUAAUCAGCAAUUAAGCCCAGCCCACUUUCUUAGUCUCUUUUAAAGUCAAAGUUGGGUAUCAUGAACUUGUUCUGAAUUGUAGCCAAUUUUAGAAUUGAAACAACCAAGAAUUAUUUCUGCCAAUCAAAUUUUCCCCCUGAAAUAUGAUAACCAAAAUCACCUAUAUUAGGAUACCAAACUGAAGUCAAAACAACAUUAAACUCUUACCUGACAAUAUAGAGAAUAUUUCAUUUUUUUGUAUCAUGAAACUCUUCACAAUACUUUAGAUAAAGUUUUUACUAUUUCUCUGUCAUAUUUAGGUUUUAUUUCAUUCUACAAAGAAAUGCUAAGAAUCAGAAUCAAUAAGCAGAAUCAGAAUAAAAGUGAUACCCAGUUUGGCGGGAUCCUUUUCUGCAUGUUAAUAAGGCAGACCCACUUUUAACAGCCAUCAACCUGCCUCUUCUUGCCUGAAUCCAUCCCACCUGAGUCACUGUAACAUGACCAUCUGCUCUGUUUAAAUAUCAGAGUCGUGCAGUUUGUCUGCCUCACAGUAGGAUUACUUCUGCUUGGGUCAACUGUAAUGACAAAUGCAUUAUAUUAGCUAUUAUAAUAACUUUAUUUUUCUGCUAUAGAACUGAAACAUUUUAGCUUUUAUCAGAUGUCCCCAGGUUAGUUCAUCCUAAUCAACAGGAAACUAAACAAUAACAAUACUGCUUUACUUCUCUUUAUUUCUUUACUUCUACUUUAUUUUUUUACAAGUUCUUAUUCUACCUAGAAUAUUAUUUUAUUUCUUGUGUCAAACUCACAGACACACUAAACAUAUAUUGCGAUACAUGUACUCUACUGUAAGUUGAAGAUUAAGUUUUUGUUUUUUAACUUCUCUUCUUCAAUCUGUUCUUUAUUUAUCUAAACAUGUUUUUUCUCUUACUUGACUUUCUCAGUCAGUUAAGCAUCUUGUGUGACUACAGGGUUUUCUCUUAUUGUGCAAUUAUUUUUUGAGCUAAAAGCUUAUAUAGUCAGCAGCAAAGCUUGCCUUAUUCGUCAAACCGAUAGCUUGCACAAAGGACCUGACUUGUGAUUACAUGUUGUAGACGUGCACACACUUCACGCGUUAUAGAAAACCAUCGAAAAACAGUGGUGUGCAUAGAUGAUCUAAGGAGCAGGGGUGAGGAUGAAACAGGAUGCUGCUCUUGUGAAUGCAAGUUUCAUUUUAAGCUUUAAUUUUUCCCUUUAAAAGAUAAAAAUUAGUUGUAGGCUUUGUAACUGCAGAUCAAGUAUAGAUAAGCUUGUUUUGCAGACCUUGGUCAGAAGAUGACUAUGUGGUUUGUAAUUUGUUUCCAUUCAUUUCUGAUACAUUUCUACAUUAAACAAAAUGUCUACAACAACACAACAUGGCUUGCAGAAUUGUUAGCUGUAAUGUAAAGCUUGUGAGAUUUGCAGUAAAUGGGCUAAAACUUUCUUUAAGCUAACUGGAGGGUUUUUGAGCCAAUCACAGGAGCUAAUCAAAAGGUGCACGAAGAGGCACGAAAAAAAACACUUUAGCUGAUCCAAAUGACAAUUGGCCAAUCAGAGAGCCACUUGCUUCAGUUCUACUGACCUCAGUUGCCCCUUUUGUUGUGAUAUAAGGGGGCGAAAAUGAAUCAUUCGAGUGUCCCAUUCCAAAAAAAAAAAAAAGAAAAGAAAAGGCCACUUUAGCUUUUAGAUGAAGAAGGGCAGCGGAGGUCGCUCUGUGCACACCACUGCACAAACCAAUCAGUCUAAGGUCGAUGACAGCAGCCACUGCAUAAGCACUUACUCAGACUAUACAUAUGUACAUAUUAGCAGCAGCAGCCUUAGGUUCAGUGCAGUACAGCAGCCUGUGAAGUGACUUGAAGUGUAUGUAUUAUUCUUUAUGGUUAGGCCAGUUUAUAUUGUAGUUCAUGACAUGGAGUGGCUGCCAAUACCAGAAAGCUUUGAUACAGAAUAUGAAUUCUCAUAAUUAAGAGUAGACUUAAUACACUAUGAACUAGGAGUAAGAUCAGAGUUUUUAUUUUCAAACUAGAAACUUUAAUUUUUCACUCAAAUGAUGUCAGUAAUCUCAUCGUCAGUAUGCGUUCUUUGGAAUCACGUUAACCUUUUUUUUCUGUUCUCUCCUUUCCUGUACACUCAAAGUAUUUCUCUUGAACUCACUCUAUUUUUUGAGGUAGUUGUCUUCGUGUGGUGACCACUUAAGAGAAUGAAUCAUAGAGCUUUGUUCACAUAUACGUUACGUAUUUAAAGACAAAACUAAUGUUGAAGAUAGUGUUUUUAGUGUUUGUGUUCUGGUACUUUGUCCUUAUCUACCCCUGUAGAUGCAGAUGGAUCAGAUCCCUCGCUGUGCAGUUUCCUCUCGUGCUGUUUUUCUGUGUUGUGGAAUUUAUUUUCCUCCAGGGUUUUAUCCUUAAAUAUCCUAUCGUUGAAAUAUCUAAUGGAUCUGUUGGCUGGGCAGUAAUGUUUUUUGUUCUUCCUUUAAGACGAUAAAACUAAAAACAACAGGAAAAAAAAGUUCAGAUAAAUAAAAUGAAUAGGUUUCACUUUUCAGAUAUGUAGCAUUUUGAAUAUUGUAAAGAAGGUGAAGUUGCCACAUAAUUAAUCAUAGUUUUUGAGUUGCAUAUAUAAAAGCAAAGGUGCUUCAUAGACCAUGUAUGUGUCUUUUUUAGACUUUGUAUAACAUCUCUUUUGGAUCCUAACACUAUAUUUUGAUGUUCUCUGCUUUAUGUCGUGCUGAAAUUUUCUUUAAAGUUUAAAACUUUUGAAUUUUUAUAAUGUGCCUUAUGGUUGUCCCAAUACAUACUGAGUUUGCCCUUCAAGUGCACAGUUUGUUCCCCGCAACCUGUCCAGGACUUCCUUUAACUCUGGAGUUUAUUAUUGAAUAAAAUCCCAACUUGACAUAGUAUCUGAACACCUUAACUGAUUUUAUGGCAGUUAACAACCAGCUAGCAUUUUGUACGUUGGAACACAAUGUCACAGUUGGGAUGAUUUUCAUCAUAAUCCUUCAGGUUUUUUAAUCAACACCUUAGUAUCCUCCUCUGAAACAUCCAUUUAGAUCCAGAUAGAACAGCAGCCAGGUCAGGCGACAUACAAUGGAAGCCUUUACAGGUAGAACCCUAUUAGAACCCGUUGUAGAUCCCCUGGUGAUAACAAGUUUAAAUUUGUGAAAGGCGUUUUUAAGGGAUGGAAUUCCCCAGCUAAUCAAACAACCUGAAAGUAUGUUUGUUGAUGAAGCGUCUUGUGGGCUUUGGUUUAGUUGGAAGAAAUUUGACUGUAUAGUAAAAGUUUUUGGGGGAGGGGUCUCAUGUCAGAGGGGAAAACAGUUACAAAGUUAGCAUCUUGCUUUUGCAGAUUGCUUGACACAUGUUUAGAGUCAAUAACUGUCACUCUGCAAAUCGAAUUUGCCUGACUUUUAUUUUCAUAAAUAGUGAACAAACAGGCUCUACAGCCUGCCUAAAAAAAAUGGGGCAGGAAACAUGAUAAUUUAGAUGUUUAGAAAGCCAAUAACCAAAUAUUUCUAUGUAAAGUAAAGCUGCCUGGCAGUGACUGAAAUUUUAUUACAACUGAUGAUAAUAAAUCCAAAUCUAUGAAUAUUAAAUCCGGGUUGUAGAAGAGAAAAUGUUUGGUAGGACUUGAGAUUAUUAUUAUCCUGAGAGGGGAUGCGGGCAGAGAAACGGUAUGAGCAGUUAUGAAGGAGGGAUGAAAAGAAGUGAUGUCAACUUGAAUGACAAAUAAAAAGAGAGAGACAUCCUGCUCAGUCUGCCCACUGAUGCAUAACUCUCAACUCCUCCACAGAACAUGUAACUCAUCUGUUAAUCUCACUCCCCCUCUCCUUUCACUUUUCUCCUAAGACUCAAACGCCAAAUUUGGUUUGCUCUCCUUAUAUCUCAGCACUGUCAGCAACUUUAAGGGCAUUUUUAUAAUCGCCAAAUUCAAAAUUCUUCCUUUUUCAAUGUUUAAAGCAAAUUGAUAUAUUCCUAUUUGCAGCAUUACGAAUAGUAUUAAAUAUGUUCUGUAUAAUGAUCAAUUAUAGAAAUUAAAAGUUGGUUAUAUUAAAUAAAAGCACCUUACUGUUCAAAGCAGGUUUACAAAUCAUUAUUUACAUUUCAGAUUUACAGCGUAUAAAACAGUUCUCAAACAGCACUAAGUUCAUUUUUGUAGACCAAAGAGUUUUUAGGUUUAAAAUGUUUAAGGUUCUGAAACAUGCACAUGGAGGAAGAACAGCACCUCAGAUGUACUUUUUAUCAACUGAUGAGAUUUGAACUAAAUUGGGUUAAUGUAUGUGGAAAGAGUUGGCUAGAUGGAAGUCGAUUUUAGAAAUAAAAAUCUAGGCAAAGAGGAGGUCCCGCCCAUGUUUUAGGAACACUUCUGCUCCAUUUGCUUGGACCAGACAAUUUAGAAUUUUAAAUUGUUUAAAAAAUGCCAAAUUUGAACUAAGAUGAAACAUUUUUUGUGAACAGUUAUGAAAUACAUCUCAUUGAGUCUUAAAGCUUCUUAGGAGAUGUAGUUAUGCAUUUUAACAUUGUUUUAUUUUUGCUAUAAUGAAGAACAAGUGAACAUUUGUUUAUCUUGGAAUAUUGAAAGUUGACCUGAGGAGCAGGUAUCAGCUAUUUAAAAAGAAAAAAUAGAGAAAACUUUCUGAGAGAAAUAGAAAAUGCUAGUGGCACAGAUGCUAACCCAAAAAUGGGCGGGACUUAGUCUCUCUUUUUAAACCCUAGAAGACUUAUCACCAGUCCUAGUACUCCAUAUGCUGUGCUACUUGAAGGGUUUCCCCCAAAACAAAAGUGACAAAACGUGUCAUGAGUUGAUCCACUUCCUCUUUAAAGACAAUAUCAGCAUAUUGUGCCUCGUGUGACAACAGGGUUUUUGUUUUUCCUUAUGGGAUCCAUGUUUAGCUACUUGUAUUCUGUUUUUGUCAAUGUCAUACAGUACAGUUAUAUUGGCUGAUCAAUGAUCUGCAUUUUUUUAAUAUGCUAAAAAUCUGUAUUGAUCUUAUUAUUAUCAUAUAUUGUUAUCAAUGUUAUUACUAUAUGGGUAAUUAAACCCAAUAAGAAGUUUGUGUUUAUGCACUGAUAUCUUAUUAUUAAAGCAUACUGAUCUUACCCUCCCU